AAUGCUUUUGGUAGAAGCUCCAGGACUGUGAAGAUGGCGGGUGCUGCGUGGCUUCAGUUGCUGCCUGUCAUUCUUCUUCUUUUGGGGGCUCAGCCGUCCCCACUGUCGCUUUUUGGUGUAGGACCGAUACUUGUCGCCGCUACUGACAGAUCCAAGUGGCAUAUUCCGAUACCGUCGGGGAAAAAUUACUUUAGCUUUGGAAAGAUCCUCUUCAAAAAUACCACUAUCUUCCUGAAAUUUGAUGGAGAACCUUGUGAUGUACCUUUGAAUAUAACCUGGUAUCUGAAAAGUGCUGAUUGUUACAAUGACAUCUAUACCUUCAAGGCAGAUGACAUGGAGACUUAUUUGGAAAAAAAGGAAUUGUCUGGGAAAUACCAAGCAGCAUCCAAAUUGUUCCAGAACUGCAGUGAACUCUUUAAGACACAGAGCUUUUCUGGGGAUUUGGUGCAUCGAUUGCCUCUUUUAGGAGAAAAACAGGAGGCUAAGGAGAAUGGAACAAAUCUUACCACUACUGGAGAAAAAAUUGCAAUGCAUGAUCCAUUGAAAACUUGGCAAGAUGCACCAUACAUUUUUAUUGUACACAUUGGCAUUUCAUCCCCAAAGGAAUCAUCAAAAGAAAAUCUUUUUACUAUGACUGUGGAAGUGAAAGGUCCCUAUGAAUACCUCACACUUGAAGAAUAUCCACUGAUGAUUUUUUUCAUGGUGAUGUGUAUUGUGUAUGUCCUGUUUGGUGUUCUGUGGCUGGCGUGGUCUGCCUGCUACUGGAGGGAUCUCCUGAGAAUCCAGUUUUGGAUCGGUGCUGUCAUCUUCCUGGGAAUGCUUGAGAAAGCUGUCUUCUAUGCAGAAUUUCAGAAUAUCCGAUACAAAGGAGAAUCUGUCCAAGGUGCCCUGAUCCUUGCAGAGCUACUUUCAGCAGUUAAACGUUCACUGGCUCGAACCCUGGUCAUCAUAGUCAGUCUGGGAUAUGGCAUAGUUAAGCCCCGCCUUGGAGUCACUCUUCAUAAAGUUGUGGUAGCAGGAGCCCUUUACCUUUUGUUCUCCGGCAUGGAAGGGGUCCUCAGAGUUACUGGGGCCCACCCUGAUCUUGCUUCCUUGGCCUUUAUCCCCUUGGCUUUCCUAGACACUGCCCUGUGCUGGUGGAUAUUUAUUAGCCUUACUCAAACAAUGAAGCUGUUAAAACUUCGGAGGAACAUUGUGAAACUCUCUCUGUACCGACAUUUCACCAACACUCUUAUCUUGGCAGUGGCAGCAUCUAUCGUGUUUAUUAUCUGGACAACCAUGAAGUUCAGGAUGGUGACUUGUCAGUCGGAUUGGCGGGAACUGUGGGUAGAUGAUGCCAUCUGGCGGUUGCUGUUCUCCAUGAUCCUCUUCGUCAUCAUGGUUCUCUGGCGACCAUCUGCAAACAACCAGAGGUUUGCCUUCUCACCAUUGUCUGAGGAAGAGGAAGAGGAUGAACAAAAGGAGCCUAUGCUGAAAGAAAGCUUUGAGGGGAUGAAAAUGAGGAGUACCAAACAAGAACCAAAUGGAAAUACUAAAGUAAACAAAGCAGAAGAUGAUUUAAAGUGGGUAGAAGAAAAUGUUCCUUCUUCUGUGACGGAUGUAGCACUUCCAGCCCUUCUGGAUUCAGAUGAGGAACGAAUGAUCACACACUUUGAAAGGUCCAAAAUGGAGUAAAGUGGAAAGGCGGUGCAGUGGAAGAUGGCCAGUAUCUGGGAAGAGAUCAGCUUCUGUCACUCUACUGUACUGCGCCAUGGGGUUAAAGAAGGGAAUGACAUCCUGAUCUGUUCCUUGAUCUUUGUGCGUUGGAGGUGGCCAGAGGUGUCAGAACUAGAUCAUCUGAUUGAAAAACAAGUUCAUAGGAAGAGAAAAAGCUACAAGUUUCUUAUUUACAACAUUGACGCCCCAUUCUCUCCUACACCCUGACGUGGAUGUUUAUGCAACUUAUGUGUUGUUGUUCCUGAGCCUUCUGUGAUGUUUAAAUUGUUUAAUCUGUCAAACUAAAAAGUUUAACAUCUUCUUGACAUCAACACCAUAAUAUGUAAUCUCCAGGAGCAACUGCCUGUAAUUUUUAUUUAUUUAGGGAGUUUUAUAGGUGAUGGGGGAAAUUGUUAAUUAUCUUGCCAUUUCCUGGGAAGCCAAGGUUACAGCUUGCAGAGGUAGUUUUGAGAAAAAUAUACCCUGACUUAAGGAGCCAUGGUUCUUUCUAUCAAUGAAUAAAAGGAAGAAAAAGGGGGGAGAGAAAGAAACUGUUACAGUGUAAUUCAGAUCAUUUAAAAAGCAAAAUCAAGUGCAAUUUUGUUUACAAAAGGUGUAUAUUAAAGAUUUUUCUAUUUGAGAUGUACUUUAGAGAGAAAUAUUAGGUUAAUUCUUGACAUCUGCUAUUGUGACACAUCCCAUUGCUGGCAAUGUGGUGCACACUCCAGAACUUUCAACUACUGUUUUGUAAGCCUCCAAGGCAGCACUGCAGAGUCGGAGACCGUGCUCUGUUGGCCUUCCUGCUGUUCACUGGGUGUUGCACUAGAGGCAGAGGCACUCCAUCCAAGUGCUUGUGAGUGAGCACCCCACGUACUGUGAUUUUUCAGAAGCAGGAGCUAAUACAAAGGAAACAGGCCCUGAUCCAGCUUAAAGUUUUCCUGCAUGAGGUAGUAUGGAGGCCCUGGACUGCUGCUCAUUAUUUAGGAAUCAACAGUUCUUGUAUCUGGUGUCGGUUGAGAGACUGUUUAUAGGAGACAUCACAAGGUGAUGGGAUUUAUUUGAUACACUAUAUUUCUGUUUGUCUACUUUUGCCUUCCCAAGAGUUUUGUUCUACAUAGAAGUUCAUGCCAUUUUUUAAUAUAAAAAAACUUAACAAAAUUAAUAUGUUUUUGUCUGUUUUCAGAUUUUCUCUGAAAGACCCUUCUUUCUCCCAAACUCUCUUAUGGGAAUUUUCCUUCCAUGGUUUUUAUUCUGUAUCAUUUUGUCUGUUGGAACCAAGAACCGCACAACCAUACUAACUCCUAUUAUAGUGAAAGUGUUUACAUUUAUGUAACUUUUCUCUAUAGCUGUUUGCUGUGGUGAUUUUUUUGUAAGUCACUUUGGCAAUAUCUCUAAGUAACCAUAUGAGGAACUGACUAUAUUCUCAGGUUAACCCAUUAGCAAAGGGCUGUUGUAACUGUUGUAUGCCUCUCUUUUUCCACAGUAAAACCCAGCAAGUGAGUAAUAGACAUAAUGCUGCAGGACAGUUGAUCACAUGGUUUUUGAAGUUGGCUAGAUGUCAACUUGAGACCAAGGCACCGGGUCAGGGAGGGGAGGAAGCUGUUGUGUUAAGCGGGAGUUUAUAGUACAAAUUGUGUAGCUUGGGGCUUGGUAAUUCUGCUGUUUCUUAAGGCUUGUUAUAUUACUGUGAUUGUAUAUAGUGUGUCACUUUUUAAAAAACAGGUUCAGAAGGAAUUUAUACUAUUACAUUGAUGUGUUAUUUUAUAGUGACACAUGUUAUAGUAAUGAAAACAAUAAUGUGUUUUCAUUACUUUAGUCUUGGCCCUUCAUCCUGGAGCUGCAAGGUGGUAUUAAGCCUUCUUCCAACACAGCAGCUGGCAAUUUUAAAUUUUCAAGAUGUCCUCUUUCUAUGUUAAAAACUAGAUAUAACAUAAGAUUUGUUCAGCAAUUUUUGUGUUUCUUACUACUUGAAAAUACUUCAUUUUAUUAUCAGAAACAGCACUUGGUAAAGAUAGGACAAUGUUCCUAAUUUACAGGUGAAGAAGGGUUUUACCUGUAAAAGGGUUUUACAGGUGACAUUGUGUAAGAAAAAUUGUGAUCAGGGCCAUUUUUUACUAUCAUAGACUCACCCCAUUUUUCUUUCACAUUUUCUUUAUGUAAACCAAUAUGCUUAAUUUAUGGCAUAUUUGCAAGUUUUUUUGUGGAUAAAUUGCCAGAUACUGAUCAUUCUUGCAGUAGUUCUCACUUUAAAGUGCGUGGACUCCCCUUGGGAACUUAAUAAAACAGGCUGCUGAAAAGAA